GUGUUGACUCAGUCCACUUUGGCAAACAGUUUGACGCUCUCCCUGGCUCUUUCUUUCUUUUAUGCCAAGUCUGAUUAAGGUUUGACUUUUAGGCGACAUGAGACCGAAGAAGCGACACGUCCUGCUGCUGUGGAUGCUGGUCUGCUCCGGCAUGACGGAGGCGAUUGAGCCCAUCAGCACCAGUAUAGCAGUGGGCAUGGCAGCGGCUCUGACUGGGUUUCUAGCGAGCUACCAGAACAUUUUCUACUAUUUUCACGAGUGCUGUCGCCCCGAGUGGAUUUCGUUCAACAGGACAGGUCUCGAGGCCGACCUGGAGCGAAAACUGUUCGGACAGCACAUCGCUUCACGCAUCAUCCUGAAAGCUGUGAAUGGAUUUAUGAGCAACGAGAACCCCAAGAAGCCCCUGGUGCUCUCGCUGCACGGAUGGACCGGCACGGGGAAGAACUUUGCCAGCCAGCUGAUCGCAGAAAACAUUUACAAAGAGGGGAUGACCAGCAGCUUCGUUCAUGUUUUCACAGCUGAGCUUCACUUCCCACAUGCGAGUCAUUUUGACACCUAUAAGACUCAGUUACAGCAGUGGAUCAAAGGAAACGUUACCAACUGUGCCCGCUCCAUGUUCAUCUUCGAUGAGAUGGACAAGAUGCAACCUGGCCUGAUUGACAGCAUAAAGCCGUACCUGGACUACUACGACAAGCUGGAUGGAGUUUCUUAUCGGAAAGCCAUCUUCAUCUUCCUCAGCAAUUCUGGAGGGGAGAGCAUCAUUCAGACGGUUUUAGAUUUCUGGAAAGAAGGAAAAGAUCGAGAAGAGCUCGAGCUAAGAGACCUGGAAACAAAGCUGUCUCUGUCGGUGUUCAACACCAAGAAGAGCGGCCUGUGGCACACGAGUUUGAUUGACAAGAACCUGGUGGACUUCUUUGUCCCGUUCCUGCCGCUGGAGUACCGACACAUCGUCCAGUGCGCCAUGGCCGAGAUGAAGGCGAGAGGAGUUCGUCCGGACCGCAGCGUGGCCGAACAGGUGGCCAGUGAUUUAGUCUACUUCCCCAAAGCGGAGAGGGUGUUCGCCGUCAAAGGCUGCAAGACGCUAGAGAGCAAGCUGGACUACUACACAUAACGCCGGCACCUGACGGACGCUGGGGAUCGAACACUAUGUGCACUUUUUUUUUUUUACAAAGAGAGAAACGCUCUCCGCUGAAUGACUCGAGAGGAAGUCGAGCUAGACUGAACUCUGAGGAGGUCUCUGCAGAGUUUUAUCUGCCCUGACCCUGAGGUCUCGUUGAAGGUCUCAGCCGGCCUCCUCCGGUGCUGCUUCUCGCUUACACUGAAUGAAGAGGAGAGAGCGCAUCUGCUGCCAGCUGAAUGAAAAAGUAAUAGGACUGGAAUUGCAAUCUUCUGGAGCUGAUUCAAAGGCUUUUAUGUCACGAGAGACUGAGAGUCUCUUUUUUUGUAUUCCUCAGAGGUGUCCUUCCAUCGGUGAAUCUAUUUCAAUGUUCAUGUGCUUUUUGUUUUUCUAAGUAUGUCAUCCAUUUAUCUGGAUUUAGGAUUGUCAUGGUACCAGAAUCUUACACUUGGAUACAACACUUCAAACCUCUCUGGUUACCAUGGCAACAAAAAUAAAAGUCCUAGGCGCCCAGUAUUGGGUAAUUUAUUGCUUUUAAUCACCAAAUAUUGCAGGUAAACUCCUCCACACUGUCUUACACAAAUGCAUUUGUUGCCGAUGUACACUAUUUGUGCAAUUUAGACGAUGUCGUAUCCUCUGCACUCUAUCCGUUUGCAAGAGACAUGAACGUAAAUUUUGCGUCUUAAUGAGAUGCAAAAAGGACUUGGGCAACAUCUGUAUUUGCUGACCUGUGACUUUGAGUUAGAAUUUGAAUGCACGUAGUUUCAAAACAUCUGGUAUCCACAAGUGUUGAAAUAGAGUCACUUUGACGGCCUUAAUUCCGAUUAUCGGUUCACCUGCCUUAUUUUUUCCUGAAUUUCUUCAUUUUUUUAAAUCAAACGAAGUUCUUAACACGUGUCCACUGUGUAUUUAUAGAGUUAUGAUUCAACACGCCAUGUUUUCAGGAGGGCUGUCACCACACCGGGUUUUUAAACUUUGAUACCUUAGUAGUAUAAACAAAUCCAACACCACAGCCAAAGAAGGAAGUCUUACUACACAAAAUGAUCACAAACCAACACAUGUUUAGAAGUAUCUAAAGCCAUAGUUUGUAGGAUAAAAAAAAAAAUAGUCUGAUUGUGUCAGUGAAAUGUGAAAAUGAGAGAUUUAAUCUUUUUAAAUGUGUGGCAUCGAAAGGAAAGAAUCAAAGUAUGAUAACUUUAGACAACCUGACUUUGUUAAAAUAUGAGAAUGAAAAUAUAAGCAAGUUCUGCAGCCACAUGUUUGUAAUGUCUUAUCUGAUUAAAAUGACAGAAGAUCACAAAUAGAAUUAUACAGAAACUAAGAGGACACACGUCUGUACAGUUUAUUUUACAGUUUUCACACCAAACUGCGUAACUUUUGGUUGAUUAUUUUAUGAUCUUGACUCGUUUAUCUCGUCAUCUCAUGAUAACAACGCUGGUUUUGUCCCCCGUGAUGACGACUUUAUUUCACUUAAGUUCUUAGCAUCUCCAGAAUCUUAACUCGUUAUCACGGCAUAACCAGCGUUAUGACCAGGUAACGACAUGAAUAAGUCGAGAUCGUGUCAAAUCAACACAAAGUAACUUGUUACCAUGGGAACAUGGAGUAAAAUAAGAUGUAUGGGUGUUCUUCUGUGGAAUCACAUGCAUUGUACAUUUCCAUUAAUGUUGGUGAACUCAUGUUGAUUUAUUUGAAGCCUUACUGUUUUAUUGUUUUUUAAACCUCUCACUCGCCUUUGUUCCAGAGACGCCGUGUAUGAACUCAGGAUCCUCUUCCUCACAACACACACAGAUGUCAUCUUUACCAAAACUUCAUUUUUUUUUACCCAUAAAUAACUCAAUUCUGAUGAUAUUGUAUAUUACAGAGUGGUUGAUGCUACAAUUUCUAAGGUUUGAAAUGUCAGCUUUUCAACGGUCUUGUGGCAGGAAGUGUUCUGGUGUUUGCUCCUCUGUGUCUGAUGAUCCACCGUUAGCUCUGGAAACAACAUGAAGAAGUUGUGAAUCUUCUGUAUGUGAAGGAUCUUUUAGAGGACUGUGAAAAGAAAAUGGGUUGUGUGGAUGGGAAAACAAUCUUCUGCUGUUAAAUGAAACACAAAAAAAAAACACAGAAUAAAAUUUUAAAUUUUU